CAGACUAAACAGGAAUAAAGAUCAGAUUUGAGAGAGGUCAGGAUAACGCAAACAACUGGAGCAGCAUGAGAGAUAAGCCAAAAGAAAUAAAUUUUGAGAGCAUGGUUGUUGAUGUGUGUUUCCAUCCUAUGAAAGAUGUAUUAGCAGCAGGCGGAAUAGAUGGCUAUGUCACAAUACAUUCCUACUCCACAUCAGACAACAACCGCACACUGAUGACUCUACCUCAUCACAAGAAAGCCUGCAGAUGUGUGCGCUUUUCUCCAGAUGGGGGCAAACUUUUCACUGCCUCAAAAGACAGAUCCAUAAAAACACUGGACCUCAAUGCAUGUUCAACAGAAAGGAAUUUCACAAAAGCCCAUGAAUCUGCCAUAUACUCUAUGCUCAUCAUGGAUGAAAACUUUUUUGCCACUGGAGAUGAUGAUGGCACAUUGAAGAUAUGGGAUUUACGACAAGCAAACGCGGUUAUGACAAUGAGGGAGAACGAGGAAUUCAUCAGUGACAUGGUUGUUGACAAAGACAGAAAGAUUCUAGCGGUGACCAGUGGUGAUGGAACGCUAACAGCAUUUAACGUCAGGAGAAGAAGAAUGGAGCUUCAGUCGGAAUUGUUUGACUCAGAAAUGUUAUCAAUCACAAAGGUCAAGGACGACUCAAAAGUAGUAUGCGGGACUGGAGAUGGAAUCCUCAAUAUCUUCAACUGGGGGGAGUGGGGGAAUAUUUCUGACCGUUUCCCAGGACACCCCAUGUCUGUGGACUGUUUGGUGACUGUGGGGAGGGAUCUCAUCUGUUCUGGCUCUAUGGAUGGAGUGAUAAGGGCAGUGAACAUUGUACCAAACAGAUUUGUUGGAGUUGUGGGAAAGCAUGAAGAGUUUCCCAUCGAAGGGUUGAGCGUCUCCCGUGACAACAAGCUCUUAGCCAGCUGUUCCCAUGACAACACUAUCAAAUUCUGGAACAUUGAGAACUUGGGCAAAGAGAAAUUUGACAGCUCAAAGAAACCCAAGAAGGCAAGCAAGACAAAACUGUUGGGCUCUGAAGCUAAGAGUGACUUCUUUGCUGAUCUGGCGGGGGAAGAGGCUAAGGCAGCUGACAAGCAGGAUGUGGGAGGUCAGGAUAAUGAAGACUCAGGCAGUGACAGUUCAGAUGAUGAAGAUGACGAUGAUGAAGACUCUGGUGGAGAUGAUGAUGAUGGAGAUGAUGGUGAUGAUGAUAAAUAAAAACUUGCCCUGCAGACUAAUAUGUAUUUUUUCUGUACAUGAUGCAUCAGUCAGUUUGAUUCAUAAUUUGAUAAAUUCGUACAGCAUUUCAUGUCCAGCUGAUGGUGGAUUUACCUUCAAGAUGUGAGGAAUACCGCUGUAUAGAUUAACACUUGAUGGAUCAGAAAAAUUUGUGUUUAUUUAUU